GGGGAGGGUUAGGACACUGGACUGACCGCUGACCUCAAUUACUCUCUCAACAGACGUCGGUUAUACACGGACUUCAACCGAAGAGUCUGACUUCUGCCUCUCUUCUACGUCACUGUAUCUCAGCCCCGAAACAACAAACCAUUCUAUAAUCCCAUACUCAGCGCCAACCACCCUGGGCAAGACCCCGAUAAUUGGCACAAGACAAACACCGAUCCUUGAAGAGAACAACAACAGCAACAACAACAACUAUCAACAACGGUAGCAGCAGAAAUCCAAGCGAGGAGUUUUGGGCCAAAGACAGCAGGGGACAAGGCUAGCAAGACACCAACACGACAAAAUCAGCAGACCAAAACCAAAAACAAAAAAGAACAAAAAAAAAGAAAACAAGAAAUAAAAAAGGAAAAAUGUGUUACUUCGACCACACCCUCUGGCGCUGUGGCUACUGGCGCUGGGGCAACUUCCGCGAGCAGUGCAACAAGGAGUACCGCACGGGCGAGACGUGCGGGCUCAAGCUGGUCUACCACACGUACCAGUCGCCCGAGGUGUGCAAGACGUGCGACCAGAUCGGCAAGAAGCAGCGGCGCAUCAACAAGAUGAACGAGGACGUGGACCGCUGGACGCGCGAGGGCAAUCGCCGCGCCACCAUCGAGAAGACGCUGCAGGACAUUGCCGAGCUCAACAUGCAGAUCGACGAGCUCUGGCGCCAGCACGAGAUCCGGCGCAAUUCUGUCAACUACUAGUACUACAAGAGAAGGCCUUGUCGCUUGGAAAAAGUUGUGUUUUCAGGCUUUUUUGAGUUUUGGAUUGGAUGCAGUG